GCCACUGAUUGAGCUCUGAGCUCAGUUUCCUCUCUAGCUAAACACAAGAAGCCUUCCUGCUCCAAGAUCCUGCUAGAAAGCUGGCUUUUUCCAGACUGUACACAUUGUGCACAGAGUUCUCUGACAAUCAUGGAUACCAAGCAGCAAGCUGACAACUUGAAUUUUAUAAAUUAACCACAAGCACUUCAAGUGACCCACAGAGACCGGUACCUUCUUUAGGAGCACUGCAGAGAUUCCCUUUGCUCAUCAGAAGACAAUGUUUAACUGGCACAAAACAUUCUCUAUCUUGCCACAGUGGAAGAAAGGAAAGAAGAUUGUUGCUGCUGACGGUGAGGUGAUCCUUACCCAUAUGAAAAAGCUUACAAAUGAAUACAAAGAUGUCUUGGUAGAACCUCAUUGUUGCCUAAACGGAGACGCGUUUCUACAUUCACAGCCAUCUUCAGAACAAAAGACAGUUUUGUCCCUCAAAGAAAAUGGGUCAAAAUUAAUCUAUGAGAACAAUCCGUGUGAAUUGAGGCCCUCAGAUUCACUUAAUCACCUCAAGAGGUUAUUUAAAUUUGAGUCAGAAGAUUCUGGGGUGGAGAUGCCAAGUGGAGCAAACUCACCUUCUACUCCAAAAGGUUCGGAAAAGAGCUUUGUGAUGCACAGUAGAGAUUCUUCUUGUGACUCUGGUGUCCUCAGUGCAUCUUCAUCGCCUACAGUAGGCCAUAUAGAAAAAAAAGCAGUUGAAGAUGAGAGCCAUACAUUUAUAUCUGAUAUUGAGCCAAUCACAAGUCAGGUAUACACUAAUAAGGGUAAAGAAAAUACAGAAGAACCUGAAACCACCAUAGAAGAUUUCAUUGAAUGCCAAGAGGAGGAAUGUGAUGACCAAAACAAAUCUUCUGCAGCUGGGCUUUUCAAUAAUGAGCUUUCCCCCACAAUGGCAGAAGACGCUAAAGUUUUGGAUGACUUUUACCAGGACACCUUUGAUGGUAUUCAGGAUUUGCAUGCACACAAUCAACUAAAGAGGUAUCCGACAAGUGACAGCUUGGAUGAAUAUAUGGAUGAGUGCUGUAGACUGAGCGAGGUGAACCAAGGGGCAUCCAAAGCUCUCGGUUCAGGCCUUGGAUAUUUGGAACAUAUUUGCCAGCUCAUAGAGAAAAUUGGGCAACUCCAGGAACAUAAUCUCAAAUUGCAAAAACAAGUUUUUCAGUUACAAAAGGAAGACAAAAUGAAACAAAUGAGAGAGGAGUACUUUGGACAGCACUGCUCCUGUGGAGCAGCAAGUGUUUUGCUCAGUUCGUACCAGGAGUCUAAGAAACAUUUUCCUGUAAGGAGGAACCGGCCACACAGUAUGUUUGUACAAAGUGGAAACCAGUCUGACCUCUCCAUGAUCCCAGAAAUCGGAGUUAACUACGAAAAGUUUGGCUACAAAGGAACUAAUACACAGAUGGAUGGGAGAAAUAGCCCUUCAGUUUUGGGGAUACGAAAACCCUUCAAUAAAUUGAAAUGCGACGAAAGAAACCAGCCAGUAUGGGAAAGGAGCUACACCGACUCUUUUAUGCAGCCAGAGCAAGAAAUGAAAAGGUUUGAAGUCCACCCCUGGGGACGCGUCAGAGACCUUCUUAAGAAAACAAAGAAUAAGAAUCAGAAUAAAUUGGGAUUAUCUUCGGCAUCUCUUAAACGAUCCUGUCCUCAGUUAUACAGGCCUGAUCUUUUUCCUUGUGAUGUUAAGAGAAAAGACAGGAAUUCUAUGAUUGUUCUGGGUCAGAAUGUCAGAGAAAACCACUGGUCCAGUUUGUAUGUGUUAAACAGGAAAGAAGAUAUGUGAAGCUCUAAGAAGAUAAAGAUGGGAAUGUAAUAUGUGAAAAGAAUGUUGUAGUAUGUUUCAGAGUUUAAGGAAAUUACAUCAAGUUGGGGAAAAAUAUAAACUCACCCAAAGAAAAUAAGGAGAAGGCCUCAUCCAUAGGAAUACACAUCCCAAGAGAAUGAACUCUUCUCUGUUACAAAUAUCUAUCAUAUUUAUUUGGCAACAUUUGUAUAGGCCAUUUAUUGUCUUUUUCUUAUCGUAAGCGUACAUUAUGUCAAACUCUUCUAAGUUAUUUUCAUUUGAAAAAAUAGUAAAGUGUCUAUGUACUGA